AGAUCGUCGUUUGCACUCGUUUUUUUAGGUAAUGUGGGGAAAGUUGUAGCUAGGUCUGCGGGAGGUAGAGAUCCCCAACUGGCACUUUAAUGGACUUUUACGUUUGAUUUGUUAUAUGGACAUUAAUAGUAAUACAUGUGUGCCGCUGACUAAAAGGCGAAUGAUAAAGCCGACUGUCUGCCGGGCAGUUACAGAUAUACAGAAGUAUGGCCUACCGGAGGGAGAGAGACAUGCGGGGGAUGUAUGAGCCGCAGUUUCAUCCGGACCGUGGGAGUCCCUACUUUCGUGACAUGAGUGAGAGGAGACCUGGCUUCGGGAGACCGGAUGAGGAGUAUAUACGUGGCUUCGAAUACGACAGUCCCCGCUACCCGAACGGGGCCCCACGGAGUUACCACGGCGAUGACCAGCGUGGCUACUAUGGUGAGAACAGCCACUUUGCCAGCGAGCGGAGGAGUGGCCCGCCGAGACGGGAGGACACCUAUCAGUACUACCGAGACGCCCGUGAUGACCAGCAGUUCAGGGAUCACCGGGACAGCAUCAGGAGGAAAACCAUGUUCCCCCCUCAGCGUGAGCGCUCCCCCUUCAGGAAGGAGGUGCCGCACUCCCCCCACAGCCGCUCCGGCUCCAGCUUGAGCAGCAGGAGUUACUCCCCCGAGAGGAGUAAAAGCUACUCCUACCAGACCCAACAGCGAAAGAGACAUGAGGAGUCUUAUAACCAGGCCCGAGAGCUGGAUAAAGAGCGCCCCCUGGCUUACCCCGUGAACGCCUCCCGCGACGGCUCUCCACAGAGCUCCUGCUCUGCCCCCAAGGUCGGCUCUGACAAGGCCAGUCGGGCCCCCGAGGCCUCUUCCGUGGAAACCCCACCCGAGAAGGCGGAGCAGCCGCUGGAGGCCGACGGCACCGAGCCCCACGCCGACUUUGAGGACGAGCGGCUGCCGGAGGGAGAGCAGGACGAGGUUCUGGUCGGGAAGGACUCCGUCACGGCUGCAAGCGGCAACUACGCAGAACGCCGCAGUGAGGCCAUCGCUGCCAAAGCGCGGGAGAUCGAGAAGGUUUACAGGCAGGACUGCGAGACCUUUGGUAUGGUGGUGAAGAUGCUGGUGGCCAAAGAGCCCAGCCUGGAGAAGCAGCUGCAGAACCCACUGAAGGAGAACCUCUUCGAGAUCCGCGAGCGAUGCCUAGAGGACCUCAAGCAUUUCAUCUUCGAGCUGGAUGAGGCAGUGCUGCGGUCAUAGACGUAUUCUCGGCACCCCCAGUGCCAUCAAAAUGCCCCCCCCCCCUUUGGGUUUGUAGGAAACAUGGCCUGCAGCUGCCCAACACAUGUCUGCUCUGUGGGUUCAUUUUUAUAAACGGCCUUCAGACUUUUAUGUUCACAGAUUACUCAUCGUGCUCCAGUCUGCACUGGGAUUCUGUUCUCUCUAUGUCUGCCGUAUUCAUUUAAUCUCAUUCUGUAGGUUUUGUACAAAAACGGUCAUUUAUUUUUUUUCUGCAUGUUUCCUUUGUGAGUGUGGUUCCCUUAACACCACUAUCUACUUUCUAUGUAAGUUUUUAAUCUUGUGGUGAAAAUUAAAAAAAAUUCAUCUUUCUCCUGGGAAUUUGUUGAUUGCAGUAGGGUGGGGGUCUCCAACUCCGGUCCUGGAGAUCUAAUACCCAGAAUGAUGUUGUCUAUCCUACCUGGCUUCUGUUGAACCACACCUGUUCUGGGUAUUUGCGGGAUAGGAUAGAAAACCUACUGGCUAUAUACAGGACUGGAGUUGGAGACCCCCUGUGGGGGGGAGGGGUAUGGAGGAGGAGAAGAAAUAAAACUCUUUUUAUAAGCUG